CUCCUUUUAGCUCUCUCUCUCUCUCUCUUCAAAACCCUAAUUUCAUAUGUUCUUCUUCUGUGACACCCAUCCCAUUUCUCCUCUCCUCACCAUUGUCGCUCGUCCGUAAUUUCCGCCGUAUCUAAUCACCAACGUCAACGGCACCAACUCAGGGCCGCUGUUGAAGCUCCAAGAAGGAAUUUCCUAGCUGUGGAGAUGUCUCCUGCUUCCAAAUCUAAACCAAAAGACAAGAAAGUCAUCAAAGAACUUCAGAAGCCUACAUCAAAGCCGACAGGCCCUGCUGCAGCUGGUAGUAGUAGUGUUCCAGCUAGUGCAUAUAAUCCUCUCUCAGGCACCUUCCAUGCACUUGAAUCAACAGUAUCUGCUUCUUCACCUCUCCAUUCCAAUGGCCGUUUCAAGAACAUAGAUGAUACAGAUGCUCAUUCUGGAGUUUUGCUUUCUUCAGCGGCAGAGUAUGAUACUGUUUCUAACAAUGGUAGCUGGUCUGGUGAGUCAGAGGACCAUAAAGACAAAAAAUCUAACCUGACUGUGCGGCAAGAAACAAUUCCAGGGGCAGACAUUGACAAACGAGAAAAAAUUCGUCAAAAGAAUGAGAAGAAGCAUCAGCGUCAAAAAGAGAGACGUGCUCAGGAAUUACACGAACGCUGUAGUGGCUACCUGAUGUCCAGAAAGCUUGAAGCUCUUGCACAGCAAUUAGUUGCCAUGGGCUUUUCACAAGAUCGAGCAACCGUAGCUCUAAUGCUAAACGAAGGCAACAUAGAGGAGUCAGUUGCAUGGCUUUUGGAAGGUGGUGAAGAGACAAGUGAUUCUUCGAAUCAAAAUCUUGGUGGGCAAAACCUUAAACUUGACAUAUCAGAAGAGCUUGCUCGUAUAGCAGACUUGGAAUCACAGUUCAAGUGUACAAAACUAGAAGUUGAGAGAGCUAUUGUUGCUUCUGAAGGCGAUCUGGAGAAGGCAGCCGAAUCCUUGAGAGAAUUGAAGCUAGAUCCGCCUGCUGCUCCUCCUAAGCCCGAAGAAACCGGUGAUCCUCCAAGUGCUUUAAGCAGUAAGUUUUCUGGCAAUGCUAGUCAAGCCUUAUUAAGACCGCAAGCUAAGCCUAAUCAUCCUUCAAUACAACAAAGAAAGGAUGAAAAAGAUUUUAAUUACACAAAAGGAACAAUUACAGCUGGUUUGUCUGUAGAAUCCAUUGGCAAGAGUAUACCACAGCCUUUGAGGAAUCAGCCGAAGAUGGAUUGGGGACAUUAUGAACAAAUCACAACAGCUGAGAAAAGGUGGCCAGGUGCGGGAACUAACCCCUUGUCCUUCUCUUUAUCAUCAACACCCACCCAGUUGUCAUCUCCACCAAUCAAGAAUGAAACUCGUUAUUUAACUGUUGGUUCUGAGAUUAAUAGCUUUCAAUCUGGUUCAGUGAGAGAACCAAGUUCAAUAGUACAGGGUCGGAAUGCAUCUUUGCACACGAUGAUGCAACCGUCGGUUGGAACUAUAAGUUCAUCGCCGCCUUCUAGUUGGUAUACUGCUAAUAGCCUUGGAUCUAUUAAAUCGUCCAAUGGAUUUUUGUCGCAGAUUCACAGCUCAAGAAGCUUCAAGCCAAGUGAUGUAACCUUAAAUCAGACGUAUCCUCAAGUUCAGUAUCAGCAACAGUUUGUCUCUAGUAACAGCCGUGGGGGCUUCCCUGAAGCCACCCGCACCAAUACUUCAUGGAGCAGAACAGGUGCAUCAUCUACCAUAGCUGCUGCUUCCUCCCUUGGACUAUUUUCAGGAACAAGUUCAACACAAUCAGGGGCAUCGUCUCCCGUAGAUUGGAACACGGGAAGUUCAAUGCCACAUUUAGAUUACUCCGACAUAGACUGGUCUGUGGAUAAAGGCCUAACUUCGGUCCGACCUGGUGGGUUGUUGCAGGGGCUGAAUUCCUAUAUGCAGAAGAACGCCCAUCUUUACGAAUCGAACACUGCUCAUUUGGUGGAUGCUCAGCCGUUCAUACCAUCGUCGGUGCCUUCUAAUUUCAAUAGAGUUCCAAUGGCUGGAUUGCAAAAUGGAGUUGCUUCUGAAACAUCAGCAACUAAUGGUUCUAGAGAGUGGACUUCUCCAUUUGAAGGAAAGGAUAUUUUCAGUUUUCCUAGACAGUUUGUCUUCUCUCCUCCAUAAGAAGAGAGGAAAAUUUAUGAAAAUAAAUGAAAAUGAAAGGAAGAAAAAGAAAAGUGAGUUUGAUUGAAUCUUUA